AUGGCUCCUCCUGCAAAUGGCAACUCCGUCUCCGGACACCAACUGGCUGCUACGUAUGCAGACAAAAUCAAGGACAAGAUCAUUCUUGUUACUGGAGUAUCUCAAGGAAGUCUUGGAGAAGAGUACUGCUUAGCUAUUGCUAAGUUUCAGCCCAAGAUUUUGAUUCUCGCAGGUCGCAGUGCCGACAAAGUCAAAUACAUGUCCGAUGCUAUCUCGAAGAUCGACUCCAAAAUGGCCACCAAGUUUCUUGAACUGAAUCUUGAAUCUCUCUCUGCAGUCAAAAAGGCGGCUGAAACAGUUAACUCUUGGGAUGAUGUGCCAUAUAUCGACGUCUUCUGCCACAAUGCUGCCAUCAUGGGUACGACCCACGGCGUGACAACAGACGGCUUCGAGAGGCAGUUGGGCAUUAAUUAUCUGGCUACUUGGGUCUUUACAAACACCAUUUUACCGAAGAUUCUCAAAUCACAGGACCCAAGGGUUGUGCUUCUUGGUAGCGAUGGUCAUCGCUGGGGCCCGAUUCGCUGGAAUGAUCACAAUUUCAAGGGUGGUGAAGCUUACAAUAGAUGGCGUGCAUACGGUCAAUCAAAAACAGCAAUUCACCUGUAUGCUCUCUAUCUUGGUAAACUACUUGGAAAGAGGGCACAGGUAUUCGGCCUCGACCCUGGUGUGAUAAUGACCCCAUUGGGAGGACACGUUGACUGGGCAGGCGAAUUUGGAGACAUCAACAAAAUCGACUUUGAACUGGGUAAUGAAGAAGCCGCGAAUGGAUGGCCAAAGUACCGAAGUAAAGAAGCGGGCAUCGCAACGAGUGUCUAUGCUUCAUUUGAUCCAGAUCUUUCGGAAUAUACUGGAGCGUACCUCGCAGAUUGUCAGGUCGCAGACCCUUAUGUUCAUACUGUCAGACCUUGGGCAUCCAGCGAAGUCGAGGCCAAUAAGCUCUGGAAGUGGACUGAAGAGCUCCUCAACCUGAAGUUUUCAUUCUAA